GCGCGCGGCGGAGUGAGGCGGCCAGGCCCGGCACAGGGGCGGGAAGGGCCGGUAGGGGCUGUAUGGAGCUGUACGUGCUAGGGUCGAGGAGGCCCCCGGGGCACGAAUUCAACAGAUGAAUUUGCAAAGAAAGUGGACAUUAUACCCGCAAAGUAGAGAUUUUCAUAGUGAUGACCAAUGUAAAGAUCUUUGCAGACACCUCUUAACUAUGGGAGAGCAGCCUUACAGCCAGGGAGCAAGUUCUUAUCUGCACAAGCCAUAGAAGAAAAAUCACAUUUAUAUUCACAGUUUCAUUGGAUGAGUGUCUGCCCUAUUGUAACUUUGGAUAUAAGCUGUGAUUUAUUUUUUCGUACUUCAUAGGAAAAUGGCUUUUCAGUUUAACUUCUCUAUUGAAGAGAAAGCAGGAAAUGAACUCGAGACUCUUGGUGAUACAGCCUUGCAGCUGGAAUCUGCACAGGCUUCUUUGAACCCAGGCGGAUCUACAGAAAAGAGCAAAGAAAUUUCAUCAGAAGAAAAUGUUGUGCACAAGGAAUCUCUGUGUGCACAUGAGGCAACACCCAAAACUGCAGAUCCAGUAGCAAACUGUAGCCCUGAUAAAAGCCAGGUCCAGGUGCUGCCAAAGAAACGAGACGGCUUUAAAGUUGCCAAAGAGCAUAAUAUUCCUGAAGAUUUCAGCAAAGUGUUAGAAAAUAAAGUUAUGGAAGCUAUACAGGGCCUAUACUAUGUAAAUAUUUCUGUGGUGGAAAUGACCCUUUCAAAUGACUCCCAUGAAGAAGACAUAGUGUCUAAAAGUAUUUCUUCUCACUCUGAUCUUAUCACAGGCAUCUAUGAAGGGGGGCUGAAAAUAUGGGAAUGCACUUUUGAUCUCAUGGAUUAUUUGUCAGAGGCUGAAAUGCAGUUUAUCAACAAGACAGUCUUGGAUCUUGGUUGUGGGGCUGGGCUGCUGGGAAUAUUUGCAUUAAAGAGAAAUGCUAAAAAAGUCCACUUUCAGGACUAUAACCGCACUAUGAUUGAUGAAAUAACUUUGCCUAAUGUAGUGGCUAACUGUACUGAUGGUGGUGAUGAUGGAAUUAGUGAACCUCCUUCAAAAAAGCACAAGAAAGCAGACUUCAUACCAGCUCUAAUGUCUAAGUGCAGAUUUUUUUCCGGAGAAUGGGCUGAGUUUAGCCAACUCCUGUUAAGUGGCAACAAACCCUUUUCAAAGUAUGACCUUAUUCUCACAUCCGAGACCAUCUACAAUCCUGACUACUACAGUGCUUUGCAUGAUACGAUUUCUAAACUGUUGGAUGAAAAUGGCCGCUUGUAUUUGGCUAGCAAAGCACAUUAUUUUGGAGUGGGAGGUGGUGUGCAUAUCUUUGAGAAAUUCAUUGAAGAGAGGAAUGUGUUCAGGACUAGAACUGUCACAGUUAUCGAUGAAGGGCUGAUGCGGUACAUUAUUGAAAUGGCCUUUAAGAUUUCCAGUUAAUCCACUCAUUUCCCAUUGUGCCUGUUAAAUAUCUUAAUAAAGAAGUGAUUUAUAGCCA